ACAAAUUCCAAACAUCAGGUUAUGAAUCGUGUUGGAUUGAAAUUAACAUUCCAGGUGAAAGAAGAUGGAAUUGAUCCUAUUCCUGCAAUUGUCUGCUUUAAUUUGGAUGCAUUUGAAAAUGAAAUCAAAGAAGCAAGAAAGAUAACAGAUUUUAUUGUAAUUGGUGGAGAUUGGAAUGCAAAUCAUUCUGCAUGGUUUAAUAAAGAUAUUGGUGAUAUUGGUGAAUCAGUAAUGGAUUUCAUCAUUAAUAACAAUCUCCAUAUAUUGAAUUCAAGUCCAUUUGACCACACUUAUGAAAAAAGAUGGGGCAAAAUCAUCGAUUGA